UCGCACAUGCGCACUGCACGGCCAGCCAGCCAGCCAGAGAGGAAUAAAGACCAAACAUGGCUGCUCAAAACAGCGACGAUGGUGUGGCGACGUUUUCGCCGAAACGGCCUCGUAUGGACUCGGAUGAACGGCGGACACCUCUUGGACAUUUAUGGUCGGAACAUCUCAAACACAGUAAGUGUCCUGAACAUUCAGAUAGCAAACCAGUGGCUCAUUGUUUUAAUAAUAAUAUCAAUCAUAAUUAUAAUGACGACGACCACAACGUGAACAGUAAUAUUAAUAAUAAUAAUAAUUAUAACAAUAAUAAUAAUAAUAAUAAUAAUAAUAAUACGACUACGACUGCUAAUAAUACUACUACCAAUAUUAUUACUACUACUGCUGCUACUACUACUAUUAUUACUACUACUACUACCAGUAAUAAUAAUAACGGAGUUGUUUGUACUGAAGGAAAUCUGGACCUCCACCGCCGCCGCCGCCACGACGAGGAAGAGCAGCAGCAGCAGCAGGAGGAAGAGAAAAGAGAGAAGAUUAUGGUCUCGAGAGAGGCGGAGGUGGUGGGGGAGGAGGAGGAGGAGGAUACGGAGAACCAGCUUCCACAGCAGCAGCAGCAGCAACAACAACACGAGGAAAAGCUGGAGCAGGAGCAUCAUCAUCAUCAUCAUCGUCAUCGUCAGCAGCAUCAGCAGCAUCGUCAUCAUCAGCAACAACAGUCACAGCAAGCCAAUGAACAAUGCACUGGCGAAAGCAGAAGUGGUGGUGGUGGUGGGGACAGCUUCGGCAAUAGCGGCGGCGGUGGUGAUGGUGACGACGGUGGCGGUAGUGGUGGUGGUGGAAGCGGCGGCGGUGACACUUUAACCCGUGUCCGUGUUAAAGGAUUGCAACAAGAAGGUGAACAACAACAACAGCAGCACAUGGAGGAAACUCUGAACGAAAAGGUGGAGAUGGAAGAUGAAGCGAUGGAGAAACUACAGAAAUUAGAGAAAGACGAAGAGGUAGAAGAAGAAGAAGGGAAAAUCGUCGACAAGGUUGGGGCAGCAGUAGAAGAAUCAUCAUCAUCAUCAUCAUCAUCGCCAUCGUCAACAUCAUCAUCAUCACCGUCAUCGUCGUCAACACCGACCUCAUCGUUCUCCAAGAAAGAUGAGGAGAACAUGCUACAAAUUACUACAGCUGAGAAUGAAAUGGAUACCAGUUUAUCAGAGGACCCUCUUCAAAAUGCUGAUUUUGAUAAUCCAAAUGCAGAUAACUUUGAUAAUGUUAGUGAAAUCAGUGACCUGUCAGUUUUAGAUGAGGAUGCAUGGAGGCCUGUCUCAGGGCCAUUGAACUGGGUACAGCGGCAGAUGAGUAUGGGUCGUGAUCCCAGGAUGCUCUUCAAAGAAAUCACUUCACAGGACACAUUUAUCCCACCUGAUCUUGAUGAAAUGACGCUAUGGGGUUUAUUGGUGAAUUUUAUAUCGGAACCACCGAAAAGGCAGAAAUUAAAUUAUGUCAACACUAUUGAUGACGUUGUACAUCUUUUAAAGACUUCACAGAAAAUAAUGGUUCUCACCGGUGCUGGGGUAUCUGUAUCUUGUGGUAUUCCAGAUUUCCGGUCGCGUAAUGGCAUUUAUGCCAGAUUAGCUGUUGACUUUCCUGAUCUACCUGAUCCUCAAGCAAUGUUUGACAUCCAUUAUUUCCGGAACGAUCCUCGGCCAUUUUUUAAGUUCGCCAAAGAAAUUUAUCCCGGUCAAUUUGAACCCUCAAAGUGCCACAAGUUUAUCAAGUUGAUUGAAGACCAUAAUCGCUUACUUCACAAUUAUACUCAGAAUAUCGAUACCUUGGAACAGCAGGCUGGCAUCAAAAAGGUUAUCCAGUGUCAUGGUUCUUUUGCAACUGCCACUUGCAUGAACUGCUCCAGUAAAGUUAGUGCAGCAUCAAUCAGAGAAGAUAUAUUCAACCAGGUAAUUCCUCGAUGUCAGGUAUGUCCCCUAGAAUGUACAUCUGCUAUAAUGAAACCUGAUAUUGUUUUCUUUGGAGAGAACCUUCCUGAACAUUUUCACCAUCAGAUGGCAGAGGACAAAGAGCAAUGUGAUUUAUUAAUUGUAAUUGGUUCUUCGAUGAAAGUUCGACCAGUUGCUCUAAUUCCAAAUUACAUUCCUGCACAUGUACCCCAGAUCCUCAUCAAUAGAGAACCUUUGAAGCACAUGACCUUUGAUGUGGAAUUGUUAGGGGACGGAGACAUAAUUGUGAACGACCUUUGUAAACGCCUUGGCGAGGGCUGGAAAGAAGCCUUCUGUGAUUCCGGUCCUUCUUUUACACAAAUAAGAAAGGACCAACUUGAAACUCCUUCUCUAAAACCAGAACUGAAAGAAACGGGGAAAGGUUUACAGAACUCGCUAUUCUCAUCUCCUCUAAAACCAAACGAUGUUCAUGCCCCCUCAUCAGAUAUUACAAAAGACUGUUUACAUGGCACUCAUUCAAUAGUUCCUCCUGAAAACACAAACGGACAGGACAGUUUGUCUGCAAGUAAUAACACACACCUCAUUUCACAUUCAUUGUCUCCAGCAAAGAACAGUUGUGAAGAAAAUAAUGAUGAACAAAGCAAGAAUGAAGAAAACGGUGAAAAUGCUGACAUCAGAAGCUUUUUUAACAAGAAGCCUGAGAAAAUACCGAAGCAGAGUUUAGGAAAGCAGUUAAAAGAGAACCAAGUGCUAUUUCUAGCACCUAGUCAGUAUGUCUACCCUGGUGCAGAAAUCUAUUCUGAAGAUGAAGACAUGAUCUUUGAAUCUGACAGCCAUCAAUCUGUAAGCAGUUGCAGUUGGGAUAAUUUCUCUGACGAAGACAAUGGCACUGAUGGUGGCACCAUGAAAAAUGGUUUUGAAAGCUCUGAUGCUUCUGCUUUGAAUAGUGUUCCCUCUAAUGUUGAUAUGUCUACUGAAAAUCAUCAUCCCAGUGAGCAUGUAGACAGUUGUGCACUAGAUUCUGAUUUAAAUGUACCCACUCAUUUAGAAAACAUGGAAGGUGUUGCAACUACGAUUUCCUCCCUUAGUUCAUUCAACAAACAAUUAGAUGUCUGUCAGAACAAAGAACAUCUUGAAAAUGAGCAAGAGGACAUGAAUGAUGUGUGCAAAGAAAACUUUCUCCGACUUAGUGACAGUAAUAAACAGAACGGUUACGCUGUUGAUGGUGAGUCAAUAGAAGACAGGUUGUCUGCUGUACCUUCUUACAUUAGUCGAGAAUGCACGGAGAACACACAACAUAACGAGAUCUCUUUGACUGAUGACAAAAUGCAUCAUAUACGAAUGGACACGUGUUCUAACAGUCCUAUUCAAACGGAACCAACUGCCAAAUCAUUAUUAGCAGAAGUAGAAUCCACCACUGAAGACAUUGAUAAAACAUAAUGGUGUUUCUAUAGGUUGUGUGUUGCAAUGUAUGUGUUGUAAGGUUUAAAAAAAAAAAUGUAAAAAACAAAUAAAAAGACAAAAAAUAUAAAAGACAGAGCCAGAAAGAUAAAAUUUCAAAAACAAAAACCCCUACUAAAUCACUGUCUUAUGUAAUGUCCUUUAUACUCUUCUUUAUUUAUUUUUUUUUUCAUUGCACUUUCAUUUCAUCUCUGCCCCUCCACCCCUACAAAAAAGAAAACAAAUACUAACCCUUGAUAAUACGCUAACACUAAAAACUAAACUCAGUGACUAAUGGGAUUGACAUAUGGGC